UGUGGUGACGUCGUCAAUAUUCGGGUGCCUGGCGGUGGCUUAUUGCUCUGCUUUUCACUGCCGCCCUGGCUGGCUGACUUUUUUGUGCCAUCUCAUUUUUUGGACUGCCCAGGCCAAAGUUUCGUGUAAGGGUUAUGGUUGGCCACUCGAGCUUUAGACUAUUGUCGAGAGCACUAUUAUCGACUCCAAAUGUUCAACUCUACCAUCAGAGCCAUAAACCUAUAUCAUUCCUCAAACCAGUCUCCCCAUUCACACUUUAUUUAAAGCAUUCUCCGUCGUUACGGCACUUUAUACAAAAACCCGCCGUCAGCCUUGGCCUCAAACAACACUACACACAAAAAGCCCAAGUAGUUAGCGAGAAAAAGGAAGAAGACACAGCCCCCAUAAAAUACAAUAGUUGGCUGGAUCGCUUGCCGCCAAAGCUAUCCCCUUAUGUAUAUCUGACUCGCAUGGAUAAACCAAUUGGAACAUGGUUGUUGUACUGGCCGUGUGCUUGGAGCAUAUCAAUGGCGACCUAUGCGAAUAAUCUCCCGCUGUCACAAUCAGUGUAUAUGCUUGGUCUUUUCGGCGCAGGCGCUAUUAUCAUGCGUGGUGCAGGCUGUACCAUCAAUGAUCUUUGGGACCGAGAUAUUGACGACAAGGUUGAGCGUACUAAGGUUAGACCCAUUGCAUCGGGAGCUAUCACGCCAAAGCAGGGAAUUGCUUUUCUCGGACUCCAACUUUCUGCUGGUCUUGCCAUUCUGACACAAUUAAACACAUACAGUAUUCUGCUAGGUGCUUCUUCUCUGUCUUUGGUGGUCACAUAUCCGCUCAUGAAGCGUAUCACGUAUUGGCCACAGGUGGUGUUGGGAUUAGCAUUUAACUGGGGUGCCUUGCUUGGAUGGUCAGCUAUGACAGGUGCAUGCGAUCUGUCAGUUGUUGGACCUCUUUAUGCUGGAGGUGUUGCCUGGACUCUUGUCUACGAUACUAUUUACGCUCAUCAGGAUAAGAAGGAUGAUAUUAAGAUCGGCGUCAAGUCAACUGCAUUGCGAUUUGGUGAAAAUACCAACAAAUGGCUGACGCUGUUUUCUGGUAGCUUUGUGUCCAUGACAGCUCUUGCCGGUUACAUGAACGGUCAAGGCCUUCCUUUCUACACAUUGAGCGUCUUUGGAACGGCCGCACAUCUCGCUUGGCAACUUAGAACUGUAGACUAUAACAAUCCUGCUGAUUGUUGGAAGAAAUUUAAAAGCAAUACUUGGACUGGUGCCUUGUUGUGGUCAGGCAUUGUCGCUGAUAGUAUGUGGACAUCCAUGCAAACCGGAGCUAUCUAGAAGCCAGCGAACUGUGCGAUUUCUGCAUUUCUAAUAAAUGUACUUUUCAUAAAAUUUUGUGUGCUAGAACACGUA